AUGGCGAUGGAGAUGAAGCAUCCGGAUGCGUCCGAAUCGCAUAUCGUAUCGUCCGAUCGCUCUCAGGACUCGGUCCCAGAGGUCGACAGUCUUGGUGUGAAGCGCGUCCAGCUUCUGUCGGCAUACAUUACUCCCGUCGAUCGUAUCUUUAUCUUCUUCGGUGUCUUUAUCAUUGCCUAUGUCUACGGUCUCGAUGGUCAGGUUCGGGUGACAUACCAGCCUCUUGCAACCGCCUAUUAUGAUUCACACAGCUUGUUGGCUACGAUCAAUGUUCUGCGCGCUGUCAUUGCCGCAGCUGCACAGCCAACCGCCGCAAAAAUCGCAGAUGUGUUUGGAAGACUGGAAUUAAUUCUGCUAUCGAUUGUGUUCUACACUGUUGGAACCAUCGUUGAAGCAUGUUCCCACACUGUCGACCAGUUCGCUGCUGGUGCAGUUCUCUACCAGAUUGGCUAUUCCAUGAUAAUGCUUCUAGUCGAGGUACUCGUCGCAGAUAUCACGUCACUUCGCUCCCGUUUGCUCUUUUCCUAUAUCCCAGCAUCGCCUUUUAUUAUCAAUACUUGGAUCAGUGGAAAUGUCACCCAGGCUGUACUCGGUGUCACAAGCUGGAGAUGGGGCGUCGGGAUGUUUGCAAUCAUUUAUCCUGCCUGCACACUAACUCUUCUUAUUCCACUGUAUAUUGUCCAACAAAGAGCAAAGAAAGACGGCGCAUUUGAUACACUCCAGCGCCCCUUCCAGAUCCUUGGACCGCGUCGGUUUUUCCAAGAGUUGUUCUGGCAUCUGGAUGUAGUCGGCAUCAUUCUCAUCAUCGCCCUUCUGGCCUUGAUACUGGUGCCUUUGACAAUCGCUGGAGGAAUAAACUCGCAAUGGCAACAGGGCAAGAUUAUUGCCCCCCUUGUCGUCGGCGUUGUAUGCAUUCCUAUCUGGGUAGUGUGGGAGCGAACAUGCAAAAAGCCGAUGGUCCCAUUCAAGCUGCUGAAAGACCGUGCUGUCUGGGGCGCCAUAGGAAUUGCCACUAUGAUGAACAUGGCAUGGGCUGUUCAAGGAGAUUAUCUCUAUACUGUUCUCGUUGUUAGCUUCGGCGAAAGUACCCUUAGUGCAACCCGCAUUGCAUCGCUUUACAGCUUCGCCUCCACCGUCACCGGAUGUCUCCUUGGAUUUGUUGUCUUCAAGGUGAAGCGCCUCAAACCAUUUAUCGUGGCGGGAACGUUACUGUUCACGGUUGCCUUUGGAAUUCUUAUUCGAUUCCGUGGAGGAUCGGUGUCGUCCAGUCAUUCGGGAGUCAUUGGAGGUCAAGUACUCCUGGGUUUCUCUGCGGGUUUCUUUUCAUAUCCCGCUCAGGCCAGUAUCCAGGCUGCUAGCAAGCACGAACAUCUGGCUGUCGUUACUGGUCUCUAUCUGGCGAUGUACAAUGUUGGAAGUGCAUUGGGAAACACCGUUUCGGGUGGAAUAUGGACCCAAGUCCUUCCCAAAGAGCUGGAGAAGAGACUUGGAAACGCUGAUCUUGCCACCCAGGCUUAUGGUGAUCCAUUCACUUUUGUUGGUGCCUACCCGAUGGGAACACCAGAGCGAGAUGACGUCGUGGACGCCUACAAGUAUGCACAGCGACUGCUCUGCAUUACGGGUAUCUGUCUGAGUGUGCCGCUGAUGGUGUUCUCACUUUGCAUCCGCAACCCUGUUCUCACGAAGGAGCAAAGCUUGGCAAAUGCUGAGGAAAGCGACGACUCUUCUCGUUGA